AUGACGCUCUACUACAGCUUGGUAUUCAUGCUCCUGGUGGCCGAGAUGGUGAUCUUCAUGUCACUCAUCGUCCCGUUGCCGUUCACCUGGCGUCGCAAGCUCUUCACUUUCAUCUCCGAAAGUCCACUUAUAGCGAAGCUACAAUAUGGAAUGAAGAUCACAUUCAUAUUCAUCCUGAUUCUGUUCAUUGACAGCGUCAACCGCGUUUACCGCGUUCAGCUCGAGCUGUCUGCGGCCUCGAACGCCGAGAAGCAGGGCCGGGCGGCGGUCAUUGGCGGACCUGAACGCAUGGAGGUCCAGGCCCGCAAGUUCUACUCGCAGCGCAACAUGUACCUUUGCGGCUUCACCCUCUUCCUGUCGCUGAUCCUCAACCGUACCUACGUCAUGAUUCUCGAUGUUCUGCGCCUCGAGGAGGAGAACAACUCCCUCCGUGGCACCUCCAGCGGCAAGGGCAAGGAUUCCGCCGCUCUUGGCAGGGCUGGCGAUGCCGGCGAGAUUGGCCGCCUCAGGAAGGAAUUGGAGGCCAAGGACCGUGACAUCGAGCACCUCAAGAAGCAGGCCGAUGGCCUCUCCCGCGAGUACAACCGCUUGGGUGACGAGGUCUCUGGAUCUGACAGCGCCCCCAAGAAGGACCGAAUGACAACUUUCGAGAUCAGCGGGAAGAUGCUGUGCCCUGAGCUGCAUAGCAGGGAGGACACCAAAAUGGAGACGGGAUGCAGAGACGAAGUCGGCUCUCGCGUCCUCCACCAAGUGCCUGAUGGCUCAAUCACGCCUUCGACAGCGCCCUGCGCACAGUCCGCACCAUUCUUCAGCUUUAGCGACGUCUCCGAGUACGUGAUCCCGCGCCAGGAGUUCUGCGACCGCCUCGUCACCGUGUGCGCCAACCACUACCGCAUCAUCGGCUACCCAGUCUGCAUCAACAACUACAAUGGCAAAUAUGACCGCAACCAAUUCAUCUUCAACUUCGCCUUGGUCGUCGAGGAGGACUUGUUGGACUGGAACAGCUACGCCAGCGUUGUAAGGAAGCUGGGAAAGCUGUUGCGCAACCUGGAGGAGCAGGGCAGCUUCUUGAGCAACGAAGAGAAAGACAUACCGUGGGAUGUGCUUGGAGAUCCCGCCAGGACCUCCAGCAUUGGGCUGGGCAUCAGGAGAACGGAAAGGGCUGCCUCGCUUGCCGAAAGCACGAGCGAGAGCCAGUCAGUGAAGUCGCUGGGCUUGGAGGGACUCAGUCUGGACAACGAGCCGGCUGAGAUGGGCACAAGCAGUAAGGUUUACGCACUGUGCGAGAUGAUCUUGGAGGACCUCAACAACUACUGCGAGUGCAUGAUUCCAAUUGACGACUCGAAUACCAUCAACCUAAAGCUCUUUCCGACUCGCUUGCCGCCAGCUCCCGUCCACGCGUGGCAUGUCCCGCUACUUACCAUCGACAUCGACAUGUAUACGGCACCGUCUGCCAUGAAUCCACACUCCUUCAGUAAUCGCUGUGCUACACUUUCUUCGGAUCUGACCCUUACACGGAUUCUCCCGUACAUCGACGGCAUCAACUCGGUGUACUUCAUUUCCCAGCUUGCUGAUACAGACAUCGGACUCACCCGGAAGGCAAUUCAACACCUAGUCUACUACGACUGCGUCGUUUUGCUGGACAUCUUCCAAUUUGGUGCCAUGUACGCGCCCACUCCUCUGAUUGCUCAUUUCUUCACCGACGAAGCUGCCCUUGCCGAAUGCGCACGCUAUGUUCGUAUACCACGCUUCUUGGAUGCCUCCAUUGGCAACGAUACUGCCACUCUCCCCGAGGAACUUCGUCGGGACUCUCACAAGCCUUCACACGGCCACUCCCGCAAAACAAGCGUCGGCAGCACCCUCGGCGGCUCCACUACAACCACGACUGCCGCCGGAAGCCCGACUCAAGCGACCUUUGUCCACAACCGCGCCCAUCGCUCCUCAACUAUCGGCACGCAUUCCUCGGCUGCUCUAACCAAUUUCACCGCCAACCUCACGCUUGCCCCUAACCAACCUGUGGUCAGCGCCGACACACUAAUCCAGUUGUACUCGUCCAUGCGUCAGGGCGUGACUUUGCGUGCUUGGGUGCUGGAGAACACAGCUCUGCUCACACACAUCGACGUCCGCCGCCUCGUCACCUUCGGUGUCAUCAAGGGCUUCCUGUACCGAGUGCACAAGUACGCCAUCACGACGAGCGCAGGCGCGUUGGCCGGCACAACGGCAAGCUACGACGGAUACGAUCAUUUACACGGCGCACGGUGGAGGGGCCAUAACGGUUACGCGAGCCCGUGGCGAGUCGAUUCGGACGUCGAGGAUGGAGGUCUGGAAGCAAAUGCGGAUGGCGGGGAUAAGGCGAGCGGGAACGGUAGCGGUGCUGCGUACGGUAGGGAGCUGCCGCUGGCAAGGUAUUUGGAUGGCCUGCACUGCUUCGAUGAGAUAUGCACGGAGUUGGGCAUGAGCGAGAGGGAGGUGCUGGCGAAGAUGAAGAAAGGGUUUGGGGAUGUGUUGGUGGUGAAUCGGUGA